AUCGUACCGCGCAGCGACUCGGAUGGUCAACAACGGUGACGUGUUCUGCAUUGAUAGAUAACAACGCUCCCAACAUGGUUCUUGAAUAAGAUAACGGCAAACUGUGCUUAAGUGACAACAUGUGGUGGAUCAUCGUAUUGCUGUAUGUGACCUUCGAUUUGAACUACUUUAUCCGAUCAAUCUUUACAUUCGUAACGAUUGCACUGUCUAGACGAAAUAAUAAACUAACCGACAUCAUAACCACAUACGGCAUUUGUUCCACCCACGACGUCGACAUAUUCCUGAACCACAUGAACAAUGCCCGCUUCCUACGGGAGCUUGAUUUCGCCCGCUAUCAGUGGUACGGUCGGUGCCAGUUCUGGUCCAAACUUGCCUCCAACGGUGGAGCAGUAAUGCAGGGUGCGACAAUUAUCCGGUACCGGAAAAUGUUGCCCCUAUUUCAACCCUUCCGGGUGGAAACCAAACUGGUCUGGUGGGAUGAAAAGAGUAUUUUUUUCGAGCACAUGUUCAUCUCCUGGCCGGACGGGUUCGUCCGAUCGGUGGCGAUUUCGAGACAAAUGGCGUCCUCUGUCAAUGUGAUCCAAUUUAUGCAGCAGUUUGAAGAGUGUCACAGCCGACCCCGGCAACCGGAGGAGAUCCGGCAUUGGUUGGAGGCCGUUGCGGUGUCGAGUCAACAAUUGCGCAUGGAGCUAUAGAUGUAAUUAGAAAAUGGACUGUAAUAAACCUCGAUUUCGGAAACGUGCA